UCCCACCUCCUUCCCUGGUCGCUUUGAGCAGAGUACCUGCAAGAGUAAGAGAUCAGGGCCACUGUUUCCGCUGACUCGGGGCUUCAGUUUACCUGUCUAUCAAAUGGGAUUUUGCAGCUAAUUUCACCAGCCCCUUUCUAGUCUUCUGAACCUUCCAUGGGCCUAGCUCCCUUUAACCACUAGAAGGUGGGGACAGAAAGGAUAGAAACCUAAGGACCCUAAGGGAGGUCCCAGAAUUGUUACAUCAUGUUCAAACUGGCCAGCCUCUGGCAUCUCAUAAAUGUCGGUUCGAAUACCGUCUGCAUCUGACUAACUGCUGAUUUCAAGACAUCUAUGGACCUCGCUUGUCUCCGCUGACAAGAGUCCUGCUGAAGACCAAGGGGCAAGGAAGUAUGUUGCAGGGGCUGUAGUAGAACAGUCCGAGAGCGCGCAUCCCCUCCACUCCCAAUCCCCAGGACCUGUGCCUCAGGCUCCUCCUCCAUUGACAUCAGAGCCGCAGGCGGGCCAAGAGAGCCGAGCCUCAGCCAAGCGCCAGCGACGGAGCAGGCAGGCUGACCAGGCACAGACGCGGCGGGAGCUCUUCACCAGCCUCCUUGGCCCUCCCAGCCAGCCCCGACGCGGGGCAGCCGCAGAGCACUGGACAGAGGAGUUGGAGUGUGUAGAUAGGAUUGAAGUUGCCAAGACUGGAGCCCUGGCUGUGGCUGGAGGGCAGUGGGCCAUGCCAGGGGAAGUGGAAGGCCCCAGGUGGAAGCAGGCAGAAGACAUUAGGGAUAUUUAUGACUUCCGAGAUGUUCUGGGCACGGGUGCCUUCUCAGAGGUUAUCCUGGCAGAGGACAAGAGGACUCAGAAGCUGGUGGCCAUCAAAUGCAUUGCCAAGAAGGCCCUGGAGGGCAAAGAGGGCAGCAUGGAGAAUGAGAUCGCCGUCUUGCACAAGAUUAAACAUCCCAACAUUGUAGCCCUGGAUGACAUCUAUGAGAGUGGGGGCCACCUCUACCUCAUCAUGCAGCUGGUUUCAGGUGGGGAGCUAUUUGACCGCAUUGUGGAGAAAGGAUUCUACACAGAACGGGAUGCCAGCCGCCUCAUCUUCCAGGUGCUGGAUGCUGUCAAGUACUUGCACGACCUGGGUAUCGUGCAUCGAGAUCUCAAGCCAGAGAACCUGCUGUACUACAGCCUGGAUGAAGACUCCAAAAUCAUGAUCUCCGACUUUGGCCUCUCCAAGAUGGAGGACCCAGGCAGUGUGCUCUCCACAGCCUGUGGGACUCCAGGAUACGUGGCACCUGAGGUCCUGGCCCAGAAGCCCUAUAGCAAGGCCGUAGACUGCUGGUCCAUAGGAGUCAUUGCCUAUAUCCUGCUCUGUGGCUACCCACCUUUCUACGAUGAAAAUGAUGCCAAACUCUUUGAACAGAUUUUGAAGGCUGAGUAUGAGUUUGACUCUCCUUACUGGGACGACAUCUCUGACUCUGCCAAAGACUUCAUACGGCACUUGAUGGAGAAAGACCCGGAGAAGAGGUUCACCUGUGAGCAAGCCUUGCAGCACCCAUGGAUUGCAGGAGAUACAGCUCUGGAUAAGAAUAUCCACCAGUCAGUGAGCGAGCAGAUCAAGAAGAAUUUUGCCAAGAGCAAGUGGAAGCAAGCUUUCAACGCCACAGCUGUGGUUCGGCACAUGAGGAAGCUUCAGCUGGGCACCAGCCAGGAGGGGCAAGGACAGCCAGCCAGUCAUGGGGAGCAGCUGACACCAACAGCUGGGGGGCCAGCAGCUGGCUGUUGCUGCCGAGACUGCUGUGUGGAGCCAGGCUCGGAACUGCCCCCUGCACCACCCCCAAGCUCUAGGGCCAUGGACUGAACACCAAGGAAAUCAGGGUUCCUUUCAUGGGAGGGGUUGGGGGCAGCCUGCUUCCUCCUCACCCCAGAACUGGGGAGUUUCUUACCCCAUACCCCCUCACCCCUUCCUCUCACUCUUCACUGCAUUUUCCAUACAAAUGUUUCUAUUUUAUUGUUCCUUCUUGUAAUAAAGGGAAGAUAAAACAAGA